AUGACCCCCCUGUACAACGGAGUUGCUGGACGCUUUGAGGCCGAGGUGUCCGACUUGGCUGUUUUUGGCCAAGUACCCAAAGAACUCGAUGGGACCUUUUACCGCAUCAUGGUCGACCCGUUUUAUCCGCUGCAAGAAGACAACCCUCCCAUCGAAGGCGACGGUAAUAUCUGUGCAUUCCGUAUUCACGAUGGACGUGUCGACAUGAAGACUCGGUACGUCGACACAGAGCGGCUACUCCUUGAACGUCAAGCAAACAAACGACUUUUCGGCUUAUAUCGCAACCCUUUUUCGCAUCACCCGUGUGUACGAGCUGCUGUCGACUCAACCGCGAAUACGAACCUUAUCUUCUGGGCUGGGAAGCUCCUCGCUCUCAAGGAGUCAGCCAUGCCUUAUGCCGUUGAUCCCGACACCCUGGAGACCCUUGAAUACGAUCCCUUCAACUGCCCCGGCAAGACUUUUACCGCCCAUCCCAAACAUGAUCCCCUUAGGGAUGAGCUGGUCUGUUUCGGAAGUGAGGCAAAAGGACUUGGUACGGAUGAUGUCGUCAUUUAUGCCCUCAACCGUCAAGGUCAGGUUCACCAUGAGACAUGGGUCAAGUCACCCUGGGCGGCAUUUAUACACGACUGUGCCAUCACUGCAAAUUACAUCAUUCUUAUUCUUUGGCCAUUUGAGGCAGACGUGAAUCGCAUGAAGAAUGGAGGGCAUCAUUGGCAGUACAGUACCAGCAGGCCAGCUACAUUCAUAGUUGUGCCUAGACGGGGUUCUCAGGUGCCUCCGGGUUGGGCUCCAAACGAGUAUCGUGUUUAUCAUGGUGACCAUGCCCUUCUCUUACACACGGCUGGUGCAUGGGACGAGUCAGACGGUACAAAGGUUUACAUUGAAAGCUCGCGAAUGGCUUACAGCCCCUUCCCGAUGUUCGAUCCAAAAGCCCGCGAUCGAAGUCCCAACUUCAAAGCCGACUACGUCCGAUGGGAGAUAGACCUUGCAAAGCCAACCAACAGCAAGGUGUCAGAUCCUCAAGUCAUCCUCGACAUGCCUAGCGAAAUGGUCCGAGUAGACGAGCGGCACUUCACCCGUCCGUACGACCGCCUGUUCUGUCCCGUCAUUGCUCCGAAGCAAAGCCCCCUGCCUCCCAUCCUACCCGUGGCGUUGAAUGCGUACUUGAUGUUCGAAAAGGAGAGCGCAAAAAAGACCAUGUUUGACCCUGGAUCUAACUGCACGGUUGAGGAGCCCAUCUUCAUCCCGCGGUCGGAAGACGCCGUCGAAGGGGAUGGGUGGGUUAUGGGCAUGGUACAACGCAUCGAUGUAAGCCGCAGUGACCUCGUGGUCUUGGAUACCAAUGACUUUUCUCAUCCUGUGGCUGUCAUCCAGCUGCCUUUCCGAACCAAGAUGCAAGUUCAUGGGAACUGGGUUGACAGUGCGACUAUAAACUCUUCGUUGGUGAGGGAGAGGAAUGGGUUUUUGAGACAAUACAAGGCUCUCAAGGUUGAUGGGAACAGUGCCUUGGAAUUGCAUGCGUAG